AUGCUCAUUGAUGAUAGAGAUAUUUUGUGUGGAGAUGCUACCAAGAAGUGCCACUCUGAUAGUCAAUAUCCAUGCCCAAGUUUAUGCUCCAAGAAGGGAACUUGUAAUCUGGAAAAGAAGAAAUGCGACUGUCAACCUGGCUAUUAUGACAAUAAUUGUUCAAUUGGAAGAGCUAAAUAUUCAUUGAACAUUCUUUCAAAUUCUGUUUCGUUCAAUAAUUUGUAUAUUAGUGGAAGAGAUACUGUUGUUUUGGAAGUUAACAUUCAAGAAAGAACUUCUCUAUUGGAUCUUUACUUGGAAGUCAAUCGUAUUGGAAAGUAUGGAAAUCCAUUCGUUUUCAUGAAUGUUUCAACAACAGCUGAUGCAUUAUCGAGUAGAGAAUUGAAACUCUUGGCUGUGAAACAAAUCGGUUACAGUUUAUUGAAUGGAUAUAAGAGUACAAGAUCAGAAGCUCAAUCCAGCCACGAACACUACUUUUACACAGGUUACAAGACUUUCCAAUUUUACAACACUUCACAUGAUUCAAGGAAAAUUAUCGACGCCCAAGAUGUUCAAAUUAUAAGAAAUGAAUUCCAAACCAUUGCCAUUGUCAUUUACAAUGCUGCUGAUUUACCAGUCGAAUUCAAUGUAACAUUGAAGGCCAAUCUUGCAAGUGGAAAGGUUCAAACAGCUGGCAUCUUUUUAUCUCUGAGUGUGGUCAUGCUCAUGGUUAUUGUCUUUGAGGUUGUCUUACUCAUUCAACGAUCCAACAACCGCAAACAAUUCAUUCUUCCAAAACUACAGGAAAGACAAGAUAUUCAAAGAAGAGGACUCUUGGAAAAUAACAAUUCACUUGUGGAUGAGGAUGAAAAUUCAGAAGUGUUACGACAACGAAAUAAUUAA